ACUGUUCUUGUACUAGUUGUACUGGACACGAAGCUCAGUGAAGGAGCAGUUGCGAAGAUUUACCGCAGGUUUCUGGAAGCAAGUACACGUGAACCCUUCGUCUUUGUGCUUUGGAAGAUAAACGUCGAUGGCCGUCUCGAUGGAUUCCAGAGGGGUGAAUCGCUCUGCAUGUUCGUCCUCUGGAGGAUGGGAUUGCUCCAUUUGUACUUACACGAACACGAGAGAGGCGUUCAAAUGUGGUAUGUGCGAGGCCCGCAAAGGAACAUCUACCAGGAAAGUCAGACAAAGUGAUGAUGUGAUCGCGCAGCAGCAAGCUGCCGCCGCAUUGGUGGCAGCGCAACGCAGUCAGGAGCUAGCUCAAGAGUUUGGCGGUGUUAUCGAGGCCACGGGUGAUGGUCGGCCAAGUGGCAAGAGAAGAAAGAAGAAGAAGCCCUACAGCCGCCCUGCUCCUGAAGUUAGUUCCUGUCCCGUGUAUGGAGAGAGCAACCCAGACGUUGCUGCUGCUACUGUACCGUUAAUGGAGACUUCAACUUCUGCCCACUCAUGGAAUUCGCCUCCCGCAGUGACUGCAGAAUCUCAUCAUCGAUCUGUUGGCCAUGUCAGACCUGCAAAAGCGAUGCCCUCUGUGGUGCACAGGACCAUGUUGCCAGUCUUUCGAAAUGUGGAUCGAAGCAGCGGUGUUGAUACACUAGUCGCCGUGAACGGACUCGAAGUGACAGUCACUGAAUACCAAAUUCGUCCGUUACUGGCUGUGGCCCCCAUGCGAGCUGUUCCUUCUGCAACGCUCCCACAGUUCAAAGCAGUUGGGAGCGCUGCUGCUCAAGCGUAUGCUGCGCACAAGAGCGGCGGUCUAGCACACAGUGGGGCGCCAAGUACUUCUACAUCUGGGCAAAGCCUCGUGGAUGUGAAGCAGUCGGGCGCCAGCACCGGCACCGACCUUGUUUUGGAAGCCACCGGUUCUCUACCAGUAAGCCCUGCGACAGCUGAGGGCAGUGCCAGUGCUGUGCGGUGAUCUCGUUGUGGCAGUUUGUGUUUGUGCUGCUCUAUGUAAAGCAGGCACAUUGUCCGUGACCGACUACCUAUGUUGUGUGUAACUCUAGUGUUUUUCCAAGUGCUGUACAAUGCGUGCUACUUCCGCUGACCAAGUGUGUGUGUUUUUGUUUGGACUCGUCUUGUUCCCUUGUGACUUUCUGUACAUACCAUGUUACACGUAUCUAUAUCCAUCUCACAUAACUAUCGCUACCUAACUGUCCACUCCACCCCGGUGUCGAGAACAAAGCUGCCUUCCGUUUCUAUAAUCAUAUUCCACUCUGGUUUAUUCUGUACAGCUCUGAUCCACUGUGCUGCUAUGUUGUGUUCUGGCCCAUGUCUUGGCCUUGUAAAAAAAUGUCCUGCUUUGCCGCUGCGCCCUAUGCCCGUGUUAUAUCCUCGUUGAUGGGAUCGUACAACUCCCCGGAUCAUUCAGUUCUCUAUCUGCUUGUGCUUUGUUGUAUUCAUAUUUUAUUGUAAAUGAGCAGAGCUUGCCUAGUCCAUUGCAGCACUACUCGUGUGUUUUUUUUUAACCAACUGGCCGUAUAGCGCUACUUUCUCGGUGACCAAUGAUAUUCUCUCCAACUGGUACUUUUA